UUAGAAAGACUGCGUUCUGUGCGCAUGCGCACUUUUCCAUUAGUGGUCGUCAGGGAGAUUUAUUCAGCAGCAGAUGCGAGCGGGACUGUAUGUGUGCAAAGUGUGCGUGAAUACGCAAAAACCACACAUAAACACACAUAAAACUCCUUACUUGUGACCUGUAAUUCUGUGCACUGCUGUGUUGUGGAAUACUGAAAAUGACAAAUUAAAACCCUAUUGCAUGAAACUAAAGGAAUUCAGUGUGUUCUAACCGACACCCCAUAAAGGAAAGCUAAUUUAAAACUUCACCUUACAUAGAGAAGAACCUUUUUCAGUCCUGCUAUCGAACAAAUGGUCCUUCGAGCCGGAUAUGGCAUUUCUUAUGGACAAAGAAUUCAUUAGUAGCAACAUGCAACUAGAAGAUAAGUCUGCUCAGAUAGUAAGACCCAAACGUCAGGUCAAUCUUCCUACCUACCUUCAAGACUAUGAUCUCACGACUGGGCGUCGUAGAACAGUAAACCAGCCAGUAUUUCCUCACACAACACAGCAUGCACAAGGGUUUGGAGAGGCUGCGAACAAUGUCUCUUCACAUUCGACCAGAGGAUCAAGUCCUAUAAGUCAAGCUCCAUGGGAAACAGUGGAUGACUGGUCUGUCCAUUCCGAAGGAGAACUUCCUGUCCCAGAUGUGGGUGACACUGAACAGCAUCAUCCUAGUCCUACUUAUGCUUCAGUGCCGCCUGUUUAUCCUCCUCAGUUUUCUCCUUAUCACAGACCAUGGGAAUAACAGCAGUCUACUCCGCUGCCACAGACGUUCCAUGCUAAUCAGCAUAGGCUAUCCCUGCAUUGUGAAGCUGUACCUUACCAUCCAGAGUCUACAUUGUAUUCUACAGUGCCUCGUCCAGCUUAUGGGCAACAGCAUCAGAUGAGCAGCAUAACAGCACCCACUGUGAAGCCAUACCAUCCCCCCUUUACCUCUACGGAAGGCUUUUCUUUCAGUCAUAAUCAGCAGUCUGCUUAUCUAAGUCCGCCCAACCCAGCAAAGGAAAGAACAGUGGAUCAUCGAAGUGACUCUGGAAUGAUAGACCUCAUUGGAAAGAUGAUUGGUGAACUUAACGUAACGAAAGAUCAUAUCAUGGCUGAUACAUCUCAUAACUCAUAUGUUCAUUCUGCUCAAUCUGGUGGGCAUACUUACCAGCAUCCAUCUCUCCUGCGGCAGUCUGGAAACAUCAGUCUCACUUCUCAUCCAGUAGGAUUUCAAACUACGCAUGGUCCUUACACCACCAAUCCUGAUCCAUACUGGCAUUCGAGAACAUCCUUAAAACCCACAAUUGAGACCUUUGAUAAUCCUAAGCAGGUAUAUCAUCAGUCAAAACAUCCUACUUGGGCGCAGUCACCUCAAAAAGCUCACUGCACUACCAAUGUAUAUCCUGUCCGACAAGAGACCACAUACCGAGGUCCAACGCCAACCAUACCUAACUUCUGUACUAAAGAUCCUAGCGAGUUUACUCGGUUGAAGAUAGCGCUUGAGAACCUUUUACCACCAGAUGCCACUGAGCUGUUCCGGUACCAAAUCCUGUUAGAUCAUCUAAAGCUAGAUGAAGCACGUCUGGUGGCAGAUUCCUACCUCAAUUCUCCAUUUCCAUACUCUGAUACCAUGACUGCUCUGAAUGAAAGGUUUGGCCAGCCGCACAAAUUGGCUCUCAAGAAAAUCGCCAAAGUGAUGGACUCCCCAGAUAUCCGACGUGGAGAUACUGAGGCCUUUGAUAAGUUCGCUCUGCAGAUAAGGGCUCUUGUUGGUAUGUUGGAGACUCUUGGAGAUGAAGGCGAAGCAGAACUUCGAUGUGGGUCACAUGUCGAGAGACUGUUGAGUAAGUUACCUGCAGAAAUGAGAUCAGGAUUUCGUAGACAGAUGUACCACCGCCCUGGGUCUGUGUAUAAUCUCCGUGAAUUUUCUGAGUGGCUCCAGUAUGAGGCCUGGUGUCAAAGCAGCGAGUCGCAGAUCAGUUAUAAGAGCCAAAGAACAGAACAGAGAACAGAACGUAGGCGAGAAUCCAAACCUACUGCCCAUUCAGCCACCAUACUUCAUGGAGCAGAUGAAACUGUCACAAAGAUACUUCCAGCACCGACCCAAGUCAAACAAGUUAAAGUGGAGAAGCUCAAAGCCCCAACUAAAGCUUUCUGCCCUUUCUGUGAUAAAGAUGAUCAUUAUCUCAGUCAGUGUGCUACCUUUAAGUCCUUUGAUAAACAGCAAAUGAUUGACUGGAUCCGAACGAACCAUCGCUGCUGGCGUUGUGGACGUGGACACCAGGCAGCUCAGUGUACCCUCAAGAAGCCUUGUAGCAUAUGUAAUGGGAAACACUUGCAAAUCUUGCACGAAGUCAACACAAAGAGUACAGGAGAGGGUUCCUGCCUGGUUAGCUCAACCGCUGAGACAUUGUACUUGGAUAGACCCACUGACAACAGACGUGUUCUCCUAAAGGUCAUAAAUGUUCUGCUGCGCUAUGGAGGCAAGACACUUAACACUUAUGCUGUCAUGGACGAUGGGUCUGAGCGCACUAUUCUCCUUCCUGAUGCUGCCCGUGAGCUGGACAUACAAGGCCAAGCUGAAAACAUAGCAUUGCGGACCAUCCGACAAGAGGUGAAAACCAUCAGUGGUACUUCAGUUAACUUCCACAUAUCACCUGCCACUCAACCACAGAAGACCUUCAAGAUUAAUGCAGCAUUUACUGCAAAAACCCUUGGUCUGGCUGAUCACUCGUAUCCUGUGAGUUUGCUGGAGAAAUAUAAGUACCUUAAAGACAUCCCUCUGCAGACCUUUGAAAGAGUGAGUCCUUUACUUCUAAUCGGGGCUGAUAAUACUCACCUUAUCACACCGAUCGCACCUGUCCGAAUUGGUACACCUGAUGGUCCAGCAGCUAUAAAGACGAGGCUUGGAUGGACACUCCAGGGACCUGCCAAGAUCCUGGAGAACCAAUUACAACCACAACAGUGCCUUUUCCUGUCUCUGACCCCUGCCGAACUCCAACUCAGAAGAGAUGUUGAAAGAUUAUGGCAGCUUGAUGUUUUACCUUUCCGCUGUGAAAAGCAGGUGACAAGGUCCAGAGAGGACCAAGAAGCCAUAAAUCUUCUAGAGACCAAGACAACACGUGUGGAGGUGAAUGGAAUCCUACGCUAUGCAACACCUUUAUUGCGCAGAAAGGAUUCACCCUUCUUUUGUGCCCCCAAAGAGGCUGUGGUGCCAAGUCUCCGGAGUAUGGAACGCCGACUAGCUCAAAAUCCAGUGAAAGCAGCUGUGUACAAUGCUGAGGUUGAGAAGUUAGUACAGAAUGGCGCAGUUACCAAACUCACACCUGCUGAAAACAGUAUGACGGGGGAGACCUGGUAUAUCCCACACCAUCUGGUAAACCACAAUGACAAGGAUCGUAUUGUGUUCAAUUGCUCUUUCCGAUACAAGGGACUGAACCUUAAUGAUACUUUGAUGCCUGGUCCAACCUUAAGCCCCUCACUCCUGGGUGUUUUACUUCGUUUCAGGGAGCACUGUGUAGCCAUUAGUGGCGAUAUACGUGGAAUGUUCCACUAA